AUGUCUUUACAUUUUAACACUUUUAUUGAUAAUAAUAGUGAUCACGAAUCUAAUUCUGAAUUUUUUGAUAAUUCUUUACAACAUCCUUAUUAUGAAAACGUGUCGAAUACCGGUGAUUAUGUUACUGUUCAAAAUAGUAACAUACAAGAAUCCAUUUCUACUUCCAAUUUGCAAUAUCAUCAAGUACCUUUGCAGUAUGAUGAACAUGCUCAACAAAAUGACUUUGUGCCUACACAACACGAUUAUGAUAAUGCCAGCGCGAAAGUUUCUAUUCCAAAAAUUUCGAAGAGGAUUGAUUCUUCUCAAAAUCAAAUCCUUAAAAUUGAAUUGGAAAUUGUUAUUAAAUUACAAAAUGAUCAAACCCAACAAAGAACUCAAUAUGUUCGAUCUUCAACUUUACCGAAAAAUCGGAUUGUAAAUAGAAUGAGUCCUUAUCGGAAACCGAAUGAACAAAAUUUUAGAAAUAAAAGCAGUAAUGAUGCACAAUUUUUCAUGACAGUACCACAACUAAAUAGAAGUCCUGCUGUCCAUAUGCAGAAUGUUGAUAACAAUCGUAUAUCUCGAUCUCAAUUUCAACCAGAUGAUGAUUUGAACGAAUCUUUUAGAAGUAAUUAUUAUGAUAACUAAACUAUCGUCCAUAUU